AUGCCAAAAGCGGCCAAGCAGAAGAAGGCUGCCUCGGGCAGCGGGCCAUAUGACCGCAAGCAGUCGAAAUCGGCGGCGGCCAGCACCAACAUCUUCCGCUUCAACAAGGAUUUUGGCCAGCAUAUUCUCAAGAACCCUGGUAUCAGCGAUGCCAUUGUUGAGAAGGCAUACCUCAAGCCCACCGAUGUUGUCGUCGAAGUUGGUCCGGGUACCGGCAACAUCACGGUCCGGGCUCUCGAAAAGGCAAAGAAGGUGAUAGCGAUCGAACUCGAUCCUAAGAUGGGCGCAGAGGUCACAAAGCGCGUGCAAAGCACCCCGUUGGCGAAGAAGCUCGAGGUCAUUUUGGGGGAUGUCAUCAAGAUGCCCCAAAUCCCACCCUGCGACGCCCUGAUCUCCAAUACGCCUUACCAGAUCAGCAGUCCCCUUAUCUUCAAGAUGUUGUCCAUGCCGAACCCGCCCCGCGUUGCAGUGCUCAUGUUUCAACGGGAGUUCGCCAAGAGACUGGUAGCAAGGCCCGGUGAUGCGCUCUAUUCUAGACUGAGUGUAAAUGUGAAUUUCUGGGCUACAUGUAAACAUAUCAUGAAAGUCGGAAAGCAAAACUUUAAACCUCCUCCCAAGGUGGAGAGCGAUGUCGUCCGGAUAGAACCACUUCUUGGUUCAGCUCGGCCGAAUAUUGCUUUCGAGGAAUUUGAUGGUCUUCUACGUAUUUCCUUCAACCGGAAAAACAAGACCUUGCGAGCUGCCUUCGGGAUAAAAGAGGUGCUAGCAAUGUGUGAAAGGAACUACAAAGUCUACUGCUCCCUUCACAAUAUCCCCAUCGACGAGAGCAUCGUCGAGGAUGCCAGCGCCGAGGACGCCAACAUGGGCAGCCUCGACGAUGAGAUGGAUGUCGACGACGGCGCGGAAGAAGAAUGGGGCGGUGUCGACGCCGACGAAGACGAGGAUAUGCCCACCUUCUUCAAGGAGCUGAACGAGGCCCAGGCCGCCAAGGACGCGGCCAAAACACCGAGCAGGAAUCCCAAGUCCAGAAUAGCCCUUGUCGUGCGCUCAAAAGUAAAUAAGGUCCUCACGGGCACCGGCCUGGCCGACAAGCGAGCUAGGCAGUGUGAUCAGAACGAUUUCUUGAAGCUUCUUAUCGCUUUCCAUGAAGAAGGUAUACAUUUCUCAUGA